CAGAUGCUUGGGCGGAUCUAACGGCGCGCACUGCUGCAGCCGCGCACAGUGUCGGUGAGAUCUGCCGGGAAAACAUCGUCCAUCGUGCACGGAGGCUCGUGUCUCGGUGCGCGGGCAGACACGAGCUGGUUCCCGCAGCUUCCGGCUGGAGAUGGAGGAACACGCGGAGAGCAUCGGGAGCUGAAGAUGAACUUUCCUGGCUGAAAAGUGGAAUAUUUGCAAGAGAAGAAGAAGUUUGAUCCACAUCAAGAAAAGACCAAGACAAGAUUUGAAAAAGUGUCCCCGGCGUCCCUCCUCCUCCUCCUCUUCCUCAUGUACAUGAUUACAACAAGGGAGACCCAAUCAAGCACGGAUCUCAUCGAUCCACGCGCGUGCACGCCUCUUCAUCAGGACUUGUUUGCUUGAAGAGGCUGGCUGGCUUCUUGCCACUCACGUGCGUGUGAGUCUCACUCAACGCCUGUUGCAGCCUGCCGGGGAAGGAAGGACAUCGCCGGGAAGGUUUAAGCUCUGCGCACCGAGGAGGCGACGCGCAGCCCCGCCGAGACACCGCAGCCAGCCGGGAAGGGAGAAAGGAAGGAAGCAAGCGAGCGAGCGAGGAAGUCAGGCAGGCAGGCGUCUCAUCCUCGCCGUUCUCCGGUACACGCUCCAUCCAUGCGGGAGUCCUGAACGAGCGUCGAGGAGACGUGACGCCGAGCAGGAAGCCUCGGAUCCGCGGUGCUGCAGAGGAAGAGUCUGCCCGCCCGCAGGAGCUGACAUGCCGCGGAGGAAGCAGCAAGCGCCGCGGCGCGCCUCCGCAGCAUAUGUCCCUGAAGACGAGAAGGAAGCAGCUCUGCUCGACGAGGACCUUGAUGGAGAGGACUCGGCCCAGGAAGGGGAGGAGCCUGCCGCCAAGUUCCUCUGUCAGGACAAGGACUUGCUCCUCAAGGACAGGCCAGGAUCGGCCGAUUUCCAUGACUCUCCCAACACAGCCGACUUUUCUGGCCAGGAGCUGGACAGCGAGUCCCACUUGAGCGAAUCUAGUGACAGGAUGUCUGACUUUGAGAGCCCGCCCCUUAAAACUGAAGACGAUGUUCUUCUUUUCAAAGACCCCACAAACGCUCUUUCCCUGUCUUCCACCAUCAUGGCCGCCGCAGACAAUGCGGCAAUAUCGGGAAAUGGAGACGAGGCUGCACUUUCCACCACCGGGUCCGUGGCGGACAGCCUGGAGAAGAUGAAGGCCAUUUACACCUCCUUCCUGACCAACUCUUACUGGUCCACUCUAAACCUGAACCUGAGCCAGCCGCCGGCAGAGAAACCCCCUCGUAGUCACAGCAGCAGCAGCAGCAGCAGCAACAGCAGCUGUGGGAGCGGAGGCUACGACUGGCACCAGACUGCUAUUGCCAAGACCCUCCAGCAGGCCUCGCAGAACCACCAGAACCGACUAGCCAUGGCUCAGCAUCCCGCUGUGGCUGUGUCGUCGCCGUCGACAGAACCCAGCCUCUUCAGCACCGUGCAGCUAUACCGCCAGAGCUCCAAGUUGUACGGGUCUAUAUUCACCGGCGCCAGCAAGUUCCGCUGCAAGGACUGCAGCGCUGCAUACGACACGCUAGUGGAAUUAACGGUGCACAUGAACGAGACUGGCCACUACAGAGACGACAACCACGAAACAGACGGCGAGAGCACUAAACGCUGGUCGAAACCGAGGAAGCGCUCCUUGCUGGAGAUGGAAGGGAAGGAGGAUGCACAAAAGGUUCUGAAGUGCAUGUACUGUGGGCAUUCAUUUGAAUCCCUCCAGGACUUGAGUGUCCAUAUGAUCAAGACCAAACACUACCAAAAAGUGCCUCUGAAAGAGCCUGUGACACCAGUGGCAGCUAAGAUCAUCUCCUCAGCUCGAAAAAGAGUCCCUAUUGAGCUGGACAUCCCCAGCUCACCGGACUCAAAUGGAGGAGCCACGCCUAAGCCCGCCUCCCUCGCUGACUCUGACACGCUUCAGAAGGCCGCCAACCCGUACAUCACGCCCAACAACCGCUACGGACAUCAGAACGGCGCCAGCUACGCCUGGCAGUUUGAGUCCAGGAAGUCCCAAAUCCUCAAAUGCAUGGAGUGCGGCAGCUCUCAUGAUACGCUGCAAGAACUGACUGCCCACAUGAUGGUGACCGGACACUUUAUCAAAGUCACCAACUCUGCCAUCAAAAAGGGCAAACCCAUUAUUGAGGCUUCCAGUCCAGCACCAACAUCUAGCCCUGCAGGAGAGGAGAAGAUCCAGUCAGUUCCUCUGGCUGCCACAACAUUCUCACCACCACCCGCCCCGGUACCUCCUCAAACCAGCAUGUCGCCCACCGCUGUAACGGUUGAGAUCAAAAAGGAGGAGAAGGAAGAGGAAUGCACUCAAGAAGUCAUGGUCAACAAUGCUAAUCACACAAACAGCGACAAGAUAUCAGGAGGAGAAGACGAGCCUGAGGAGAAGUUUGAUAUCUCUUCAAAAUACACGUACCUGACUGAGCAGGACCUGGAAGAGAGUCCCAAAGGAGGUCUAGACAUCCUCAAGUCCUUGGAGAACACGGUGACCUCAGCCAUCAACAAAGCCCAGAAUGGAGCACCAAGCUGGGGGGGAUACCCUAGCAUACAUGCCGCCUAUCAGCUCCCCAACAUAAUGAAGCUGUCUCUCGGGAACUCUGGAAAAAAUUGUCCUCUGAAAUUUAUGUUCCCUGGGGCAGAAAUCCUCUCUCCCACUGGCAAGAGCCAGUCACUGGUCUCGCCUCCGAGCCGCCAGACAUCUCCUCUGUCCAAGAACAACUUCCACGCCAUGGAGGAGCUGGUAAAGAAGGUGACGGAGAAAGUAGAAAAGGUAGAGGAAACGCUGAAGGAACCCGGUGGUUUUGUGAGGUCAUCUCCAAUGAGAACCACACCCUCUCCCUGCAACAGUGAGGUGGAGGACACCAACAGAGGGGAGUCCCCCAGAGACACUAAAGUAGGAGGCUGUAAAACUCCUGACAGCAUGGUGGGACUGAACACUGAAGAUGUUUGUGGAACAAAUCACAAAGAAACAAAUGGAGAUAGUAGCAUGACGGAAUCCAUGAAUGGUGUGGAAUCAAAAGAGACGUCACCCCAGACCGGGUCUCUAUGCAGCAGCACGGCCAUCAUAACCGACCACCCGCCUCCGGAGCAGCCGUUCGUCAACCCUCUGAGCGCGCUGCAGUCGGUCAUGAACGCGCACCUGGGGAAGGCCGCCAAGCCCGCCCUGCCCUCUCUCGACCCCAUGAGCAUGUUGUUCAAGAUGAGCAACAGCUUAGCAGAGAAGGCGGCGGUGGCAGCUUCCACCCCGCUUGCGCAGACCAAAAAGUCCAGCAGUGACCACCUGGACCGCUACUUCUACCAGCAGCACCCGAGCAAUGACCAGCCCAUAGACCUCACCAAAGGCAAGCAUGCUGACAAAAAUGGCAAUUCUGCCAUGUCGGUGUCCCCCUUCUCCGCAGUGACCAUGACCAAAGCUUCUGCUGCUGUUGCUUCAUUUAUGUCCACGUCCCCCCUGAGAGAAAACGCUCUGUCGGACAUCUCCGACAUGCUGAGGAACCUGACAGAGAGCCAGGUGGUCUCCAAGGCCUCCACGCCAACUAGCUUGUCCGAGCGCUCUGACAUUGAAGGUGCUACUCAGGAGGAGGCGGAGGAGGUCUCACCUGCCCAGAAGCGCAAAGGCCGCCAGUCCAAUUGGAAUCCUCAGCACCUCCUUAUCCUACAGGCCCAGUUUGCCUCCAGCCUGAGACAAACUACGGAUGGCAAAUACAUGAUGUCAGACCUGAGCCCGCAGGAGAGGAUGCACAUCUCCCGCUUCACUGGACUCUCUAUGACCACGAUAUCACACUGGUUGGCCAACGUCAAGUACCAGCUGAGGAGAACCGGUGGCACCAAGUUCUUAAAGAACCUGGAUUCAGGUCACCCAGUGUUCUUCUGCAGUGACUGCGCCUCACAGAUUCGUUCACCAUCCACCUAUGUCAGCCACUUGGAGUCCCAUCUGGGCUUUCGACUGCGAGACCUUCCCAAACUGUCUGGGGAGCAGCUGCUUAGCCAGAUCAGCCAGCAGCACCAACGCCAAAUCAAAGGACUCUCUGACAAACUGCUGUCCAGCCUCCACCCGUCCAGCCAUCCGCUUCCCUCCUCCUUGCCCACGCCCCUGCCGUCAUCCUUUCCCAUCUCGCUGCCGUUGUCCCUGCCCACUCCGCUGCCCUCGGCCGACUCGGCCUCGCCCUCUCCCUCCCCCAACGAAGACGAGGACGGCUCCGCCGCCGUGCACCAGUGCAAGCUCUGCAACCGGACUUUUGCCAGUAAGCACGCCGUCAAGCUUCAUCUGAGCAAGACUCACGGGAAGUCCCCCGAGGACCACCUCAUGUACGUGUGCGAGCUGGACAAGCAGUAGCAAAGGAUUAGCAGACUUUAGCGUAAGCGUAGCUUCUGGUUCUGGCAAGAACGGACCAGCACGAAGAUGUUUCCUUUCAAGCUCCACACGUGCACACUUGAACCAUGCAAGAUACGAAGCUUUUGUAUUUUGUGUAAAUGACUUUAUAUUCUCACAUCAGCAGGAUGUGAGAAGCUGCAUGUGUUUCUUUUCAAUCCACAAAGAAUUAAGGCCACACUGAAAAGAAAGUGAAGACAAAAACGGUGAUGAUUUGGAUGGUGAAAGUGAUGUCGUAUUACAAGAAAAAGGUGCCAUUUUAUUCAGGAAAAAUACCGCAAGUCUGUUUGACUUUCCAUGGGAAUAUUACAACUUGAUUCACUUUUUUCUGCUCAUACAGGAAAUGUAUUCUAGUCAAAUUGUGACUCGAUGCGUGGAAUAUGUAGCGUGUUUAGCUAAAUGCUAGCUACUUCCUCCAGGAAGUUGAAACCUGGGAGUUGGUCAAAGCACUUAAGACGCAAACUUUCACGGACGCACAUCGAGCUGCAACAGAAAUGUCUUUUUUGCUUUUCCCAAAUUCAGUGUCAAUUUCCCGUCUUGGGCUUUACGGGUGUGACAGUAAAAAGAGAGAAAAAUGAUCCUGUGUUUGAUCAGGGAGCUUUUUUGCUGCAGGUGUGUGUAAAAUAUGUACAGAAAACAGAAAGUCAUUCCUGUCUAAAUUAUACAUCCUUUCUAUAUUUUUUAAUUUAAAGUAAAGACUGCCGGUGCACACUAUAUGAAUGACAUUGUUUUGCACAACACUUUUUAUACAUGUGUUAUUUCAUCAAAUGAUACAAAAAAGGGACAUAGCAAAAAAAAGAUACAUUUAAAAAAAAAAAAUCCCAAUGUGUGCUGAAAGGGUUAAAGUCUUUUUACACGUGUGAAUACUCCAAACAGAUGUACCUUGUUAUUUAUAAGCACUCUUUUUUUGUUGUUGUUGAUGCCACACUGCAGCUUUAUCUUUUUGGGCGGGGCUAAGAAGGGUUACCAUGGUUUCGGGGCGUUAGGGUGACAGGCCCAAGUGACUGACGUGUGUAAAAUACGAGCAUGUAAAGAACUUCUCCUCUUCUUCUUGUACGCCACAAUGGAAGUCCUAUGAUUAUAACCUUCUUUUCUACUGCAGCAUUA